AUGAACGAGUUCUGCAAACGUCGACCCCCGACUUGUCACGGAGAUACCAAUCCCGUCGUGGCUGAGACAUGGCUAAACGAUGUCAAAAUGAUCCUUAGAACCUUAAGGAUCACCCAAAAUGGAGAUCGUGUGGCCUUGACCACAUACCAACUGAAGGGGGAAGCCCACUACUGGUGGGAUCUAAUGGAGGGAACGAUGACCGUUACCCAAUAUGCGGCCAAAUUUGAGGAAUUGUCUCGUUACACCCAAACGGCCGUUGCAACUAAGGACAAGAAGGCGAGAAGGUUUGAUUGGGGACUGACAACCGCUAGAAGGGCUGUGGUAGCUCAGGCCUUUCCCACCUAUACCAGUGUUGUGAAGUGUGCUCUUCGGAUGAAGAGUGAGGAAAAUGACUUCAAAACCCGAUGGAGGAAGGCAGCAGUCUAUGGGCAACUACAGCCGCCAAUGGCCGCAACCUCAGAAGGAGGGGAAUGUGAGCUUUGGAAAUCAGAAACUCAACAACCGGGACAGACCGAUUUUAUGAGGCAAACCCCUAGAGGCCCAUCGUAG